AUGGUGCGAGAAAAGCACCCUCCAGCUCAUCGUGGGAAAUACCAAAGAGCUUGUUCAAAUUGCAAACGAAGGAAAGAGCGAUGUGAUGGGAUGCUGCCGUGUGCGCGAUGCGUCUACCGCAACGUCGUAUACGAGUGUCAACCUGUUGUCCCAAAGCGGCGUGCCUCGUCUUGCGCCGGAAAUGCCCAGACGGCACAUUCUCUAGAAACCAAUGUCGACGCUGGUUCAGUGGGUACAACAAAUCCCAGACAGGGGGUGCUGAAUGAGCUGGAUCUGCAAGCUACCAAUCAAUGGGUUGACCCCUGCCAGGACUGGGCUUUUGGCGACUCGCCUACGGCGUCCAUGCAUGGUCAGAUGUCCCGGAUGCUACGCGACCCGCUGGGCAAACACAUGUUCAUCGGCGACUCAGCAAAUUUGUCCUUUCUUCAAAGCAUCCGGAAGCUAGUGGAGUGUUCUAUAGGACAGUCUAGUUUCACAAAAGACCCUCUUCGAUAUCAGAUGGUUGAAGACACCCCAGUCAGCCGAUCCAGCUUACUACAGGCCAACACGAGACAGCUUGCGUCUACUUUCACCCUCGAACAGGCUACCUAUCUCAUUCGACGCUAUUUCCUGGCCACGAGUUGCGUUCUUGACCUAUUCGAUGAGGCAGAUCUGCUCGAAAAAUUGCCGGCGUGGCUGGGGAAUACGAGUUCUGCAGAAAUGGAUAUGGUCACGCCAAUAUACUAUCUCGUCUUCGCUGUAGGCGCACAAACAUGUCCCGAGGACAAGGACGAGCUUGCCGAGACUUGCUUCAGCCAUGGUCGCUACUUCAGCUUCCCCGAAGACCCCAGUAUCUCUACCGUCCAAGCCUACGCUUUGAUCACAAUGUAUCUGCUCAACGCCUCUCGGAGAAACGCUGCCUUUAUGAAUUUGGGGACUGCUGUGAGGGCCGCGUAUGCCCUUGGUCUCCAUCGUAAGGAGAUUUCGGCACUCUUUCCCCCGGCCGAAUUUAAGACCAGGGAGAGGCUUUGGAGAGCGAUCCGGAUCCUAGACCUCUUUAUGAGUGCGUCCCUCGGACGACCGCCAUCAACGUCAGAAACACGCGAUACCCUGGCUGCAGAAAACUACUCUGCCUCCACAGACCUGUGCGCGAUGUUCGAGACGAUUCUGACCGAAGUCUAUUCCAAAAGAAUGAUCUCACUCGCAGCGUUGGAGAAGGUCAGCGAACAUCAUAGGAAGUGGGCUGCAUGUUUUCACAACGGUCUUGCUGAGGAUGGCAUACAGCCAACGGAUACACUUGAUGGUGGACUAUGGCCCAAUAUCGGACUUUUGCAUGUCAAAGAGGCGUACUACUGGACUAUUAUGCUGCUUACGCGCCCGUUCCUAGUUGAGUCCGUGUCAUCUUGCAUUACUUCAGCCAAUACGACGCCGAUGGAGUCAGCAAGAAGUCCUAAGACGUAUGGCAAAACCCAGGUGUUCGUCCAUGCCUGUAUCGAUUCGGCCAUUCGAACGCUGGAACUAUUACGGAUUCUACUUGACUAUGACGAUAUUCCCAAGCGACUUCCCUUUAUCGUCAACUCAAUUUUCGUUUCAGCACUUGUACUCGGCCUGGCUCACUUUGGAGACGUGGACAAAGUCUUCCCCAUACAGGUUCACCUCAAACUGGCACAUCGACUUUUGGAUAUGUUCCCCCAUGAUGCCAUUGCCAGAAGGAACGCGACCAUCGUCGACUAUCUGAUGCAUGCUUGCGAUGUUAUUACCGAGAAGCGCACCGAGCUGGGCCGGAAUCGCUCCAGCUCCUUCGUCGAAGGAAUGUUUGGCAGAAUUGAUGAAGACCAGAUGCCACGGCGAACAAUACACCAAGAGCUCACUGGCCAGUCCGGCAAACACGGUACACAAAAAGGCAGCAUGGCGCCCUCUUACCAUGCUUCUCAUAACCAAGGUCAAACGAAAGGAACCGUUUUUACAGGCACGGAAUUGGAGGAUCCUGAAGGUCGGAGCGAAGUUGCUGACCCAUACAUGGAAAAAUGCAUGAUGACUCAGGAGGAGUUUGAGGCGGCGCUGCAGCUCAUGUCACCAACGACUCUAUGGUUCGACUCGUACGACGAAGCCUUCCCUCUUUUCUCGACAAUGGGCACCGGGACCCGAGCCAACCUAGGAUGA